AAUCUGUCCCAUCAGGGGAAACUCUGCAUCCCGUCAUCUUAUCCACUCCAGAAUUCUUCUCCAUCAUCACACUCACACCCCACUUGCAUCAUUAAUGGCUUACAUUCAAUAUCAAUAUCAAAUAUUUAAUCAUUUUUCCUACGCUAAAAUAAACUGUUGAAAUGUGCUGCUAUAACUAUUCAAGAUGACCUAAUCUAUGCAUUUCCGGCUCAUGCAAUUGAAUUCUGCUCAGGUUAGGAGUUUCUAAUGUUAUGCUGUCCCGUAAAUUAAGAAGAUUUUGAUCCACAGGGAAACUGCACCAGUCAUUAGGCGUAACAAAAACAAUAAACUGAAAGGAUUUAACUUGAACUCUUGCACAUUGCACGACGAAGCUCGAUAAAACAGUCUGGAAACCUUCUGUGGUGAACAAGCCAUUUAUUUUUUCACACAAUGACCACGUGUGACCUGCUCAAGCAUUCAGCUUUCCACAUAAAUUUAACACAUGACUAGGUAUAUUCCACCAACCCCUCUUCGGUUUCUCACCUAUGGCCUCAACCCAAACACCUUAGAGAAACGAAACGUACUUGUACUGAUCAGCCAAUUAAAAUCCGCCUCGUUUUUCACACUAAUAGGCAUCCCACCAACAGAUUAGAUCUGACAAGAGCAGGCGCCAGCACUCGCGGACUAUAGGGUGAGUUUCUGACGAACGGAUGCUUUCGAAAUGUACAGAAUGAUUUUAGUAGUUUAGAAACUCUUCUUACAUCCUCCGGGGACCCUGUGUCCUCUUAAGAGAUGAUUUGGCGUCUUCUACUAUAAUAAUUUACUUUCUUCCGCUUUGACCUGUUUUAGUUAUUUAGGAAAUGUUUAAUUUCAUUUGAAAUUAGUCAAAAAUUUAUUUUUGUUUAAGAAAUGUUCUAAUUAUUUUUCUUUAAUUUUGACAGUGCCCAUUUAUUGUAUUUAUCAGGUCUCACUAAUAUUCAGGCAUAUCAUUUCUGUCACUGUUUAGCUCAUUUAACAUAAGUUAGGGGCAUAAUUUUGAAAAGGCAAUGGUUUUACCAAUGGUGUUAACAUUUUUUGCCAUUUUGUUCUAAAUUGAAAAUAACUUUUUUGAUAUUUUAUUCUUUUGUCAACAGAAAAUACAUUUUUUUCAGUCUGCAUCAUAUCCAACAUGUUCUUGUUGACCUUUUCCACCUGUGCCAGCCUUUUGCUGGUCUUUCCACCGUGCACACAUCAGUUGUGCAGAUAUGAGACAUCCACACAGUGCGAGGAGGCUGAAUUUGCUCCAGGUUCCAACUUGGCUGGUGAAGGUUUUGAUAUCACCAAAAUGGAGCGUAAAGGAGCCUUUGUGCUUGAUAUGAAUAAGUGGAAACGCAAGGAUAAAUCUUGUAUGUUGUGCAUCAACCCUUAUCUGGACAACAAAAAGCAGAAGCUGCCCCUGUCCGUGGUGGACUGGAGGGCCAAACAAUCCUGCAGCGCUAAGGUCUCCUCCAAACUUUACAAGUCCAGUGAGGCUCUGGUCAGAUCCAGCUCCUCCUCUGUGGAAAACAACUGGAAAUUAGGCUUAAAUUUUCAGACUUUAAAAACAGGCGCCUCGCUGAUGUUAGCUGGAACAAACUCUAAACUGGCUGACUACUCCAUGGAGAAAACUAAGAGUGACAAGUUCAGCUUUGCAAGUGUCAGCAUGUCCUGUGAGUAUUACAGCUACCGAGUGUCCGGAUCUCCCAAACUGCACCAAGAAUUCGGUAAAGCUGCAAAGCGACUUCCUAAAGUUUACAGCUCAGAAACCAAACAACACUUUUACAAACUGAUUGAUACAUUUGGCACCCAUUACAUCACCAAGGUGAAACUUGGAGGAGAUGUUCACUCUGUCACCAGCAUCCGGCAGUGUCAGGCCAGCCUGCAGGGGCUCAGCGCCGAGGAGGUGCAGAUGUGCCUCGCUGUCGAGGCAUCUGCGAGCUUCAGAGCCACGAUAACAACCGAAUCUAAACACUGCAAAAAGGACAUACAGAAAUCAGACAGUAAGGCAGCAUUCUCCAACCUCUUCAAUGACAGAUUCACAGAAAUAAAGGGGGGCCACACCACAGAGCCAGACCUCCUCUUCUCUGCUGAUAAAAGUCCAUCAGCCUACAAGGAAUGGCUCAGCACCAUACCACAGAACCCUGAUAUAGUCUCAUACUCCCUGGACUCUCUGCAUGAACUACUGCCCGCUGACACAAAAACACGGCAGAAUCUGCGCUCAGCCGUCACUCAUUACAUCCUGGAGAAAGGCCUGUGGAAGAACUGCAGUGAGUCUUGUAAGACUGGAGUUAAGAGCGACUCGAGGGACUCCUGCGUCUGUCAGUGCCACAACAAUCCUGCUGUGAACUCAGACUGCUGCCCGACUCGUAAGGGCAUGGCUCGGGUCAUCGUCAAAGUGCAGCGAGCCGCUGGUCUGUGGGGUGACUGGUUCACAUCCACAGAUGGCUUCGUGAAGGUGUUUUUCAACAAGAUUGAACACCGCACCCAUGUCAUUACCAACAACAACAACCCACACUGGGACAUGGUGAUCGACCUGGGUGACCAGGAUCUGUCCUCAGUAAAUAAAGUCAAAUUUGAAGUUUGGGAUCAAGACAGCGGCUGGGAUGACGACCUGCUCGGAGCGUGUGAGAAGGUUUUAACUGCAGGAGUCAAACAGGAUCUCUGUUAUCUCAAUCGUGGUCAGCUGUUCUACAAAUUGGAGGUGACGUGCGCUCCGAGUCUGAGUGGUGACUCGUGCAUGGACUAUAAGCCAUCGCCAAUGAAUCAAAGUCUGAGGAAGCUGUACGUGUCCCGUCACGCCCGUCCUAUUCCAAAGGCCAUGCUGCUGGAGAUGGGUGUGUUUGUGAACGAGUCUUGGCAGAACCAGAGUCUUCCUGUUAAAACACAAAACAAGAUACAAAAAUAGUUUGUUAAAUUAGAAGAUCUGCAGCAAACAAAAGUACCAGACCUACCCGUCAGAAAGUCAUUAUUCUGAUGUCAUUUGAAGUGCUUGAAAACUGAAGCAAAAUAGAAAAAUUAAGUAUGGAUUACUGCUGAUUUGAUCAAACUGUCACACAUGGAAGGAUUGUGGCUAGUAAAGGUCCUGCAGCUUGUUGUAGCUUUUACUUUUAUGUGUUUUAUUUGGGAAACACUGUUUUAGAUUUUUUUUUUUUUACCUGAAAUAUAAAGCAGUGUUUUUGAUAUCUAUUCACUUGGCUGUUUUCAUGGUUGAAGUGCUUUGUGAAGACAGGCGUCUGCAAUAAUCCGUCUUUAUUUUCAACAAUGUGUUUUUUAUUUUGUCAGUUUUUGUGUGUUGAUCUCUUUGACGCUGUUCCUCAAAAUGAAUAAAUGAAGCUUUGCAUCUUGAUGCUGUUUCUUAAAUGUGUCUUUGCGGUAGACAAUAACAAGAAAAGGCUUUAUUUAAUGAGCUCAUAUCUUACUCAGAGACAAUUCAAUGUAUUUGCGAUGACAAAUCAAUUAUUUUAUUUUACCUUUUUUAAAAUCAUUCAGGGCAAAAAAAGGAUAAAGUGCAGCAAUAGCCUGUAUUUGAUAUCUCAAUCAAUCAAUCAAUCAAUCAAUCAAAUAUACUUUAUUAAUCCCAGAGGGAAAUUAGAGUUUCAGUACACAGAAUUCAGAGAUCAGACAUACAUGGGCAAGACACAUGACAAGAAUUGGUGACUGUGGUCAUUCGCAACCCCGAGUCGCGCUACCUUAAUAGACAUAAGAGGGUUUACA